CUGGAUGUCCAGAGCCUGCCCUUCCAUCCGCCUGACCCGCGGGGUUUGGGCACACGUUCCUCCCCACGCGUGGGGGCUGCACCACAGGGGCUGUGGGCCAGGCUGUUGUCAGCUCCUGGAGGCGCCUGGCUGGUCUUUGGGGCGCUUUGUGCUCCUGUUGGGAUCAUAGAAAAUCUGGUGAUCCCUGUGGUCUGGAGGGUGUCUCAGCCCUCACAUGUGCACAUGUCAGGGCAGUGUGGGGACAGCAGGCUCACCUGGCAUGGUGCACAUGCCACAGGAUAGGGCCCUUUGCCAGCACCCGGGAACAGGAGUUUCUCCUCUCUGCGAGGCAAGUGGCAAGGAGAAGGAAGUCUCUCAGCCCUUCCCCACCACUCCUCUAUUUAUCUCAGUUUUUCAGUGGGCAUCUAAAUCUGCAGAUUCACUGCUCAUAUUUAGUGUUUGUUGGGGAGUCAAUGGAAUUGGUGUCAGCAAAGGUUUUAUUACUUCCCAGCAGGCUUUAAAAGUCUUGGUAUAUUCUCCAACUGUAAUCUUAGCUUUGUCGUGAUGGCACUGUCAUGCCUUCAGUGUUUACUGAGCACCUGAGUUACUUAAUGUUUGUUAUAUUUUUGAUGCUGACAUCAGCUGGUUCCUUGUUGAUGUAGGUCCUCCUCCGAGCUCACAGUUUUGUUCUCCAUAGGAAUCUCUGUUUUUCAUUGUUUGAAUAAGUGCUCCUCCAGUUUUUCCCUCAGCUCUCAUGGUUACUGUCAGUUGGGCUGCACAUCAGGGAGGCUUGGCUGCCUUUGGAGCACAGUACCUGUGGAAAUGAGUGCUUUGUAGCAGCCCUGCAGUGAAGUGGAACAGCCAUGGCUCACUGCCCUUAGGUGUAGGGGCCAUAUCAAAUUAUCCUGUUGUCAUAAGAAGAUUGAUAGAUGGAAGGAAAGCAGCUCUGCCAUGGUCCGUGCAUUGCUUACUGUGCAUGUGCUGGAGUCCUGAGGUCUCCAUCAUUGGAGAUAACUCAGUAUUUAUCUGGAGAAGGCCCUGAACUAAUUGGAUGUUGAAGUUGGCCCUGGGUUGAGUGAGAUGGGGUUGAGGCAGAGACCAGCAGAGGUUCUUGCCUAAGUUAUGGUGAGAUUCUUCAAUCCAAAGACUGAAUGGGAGACGUGGUACCACAGACAGUCCCUGGCACUGUGUCUGUGCUGGGCUGACCUCUUAACUCGAGAUCCAUUGCUUGUUUCUGUUCCCAGCUAGUGGCAUGGUGUGUCUCAAUCCCUUCCUGGCCUCCUCACUGGCUGUUGGAAUGGCACUUUCUCCUCUCACACCAGGAUUUCUCAGAGGAGUAGGUUUUGCCACGCAGUUGGUGGGAUCUGCUGGAAGUUGCCAUUCCCCCCAGGAUUUGUGCUCUCACAGACCUUCAUCCCUGUGGGAUCAGCCUGUCUGGUUCAUCCCCCAGGAGCAGGGAUGCUGGGCAGCUCACUGCUCUACAGAGUUCUGCCCUUUUCCUUUCAAGAAGCCUUACUAGUUCCCUAAGGAGCCAGGUUUUCUGCUUGGGUGCUGCUUAUUCCAGGCUAUCUCUGGGAAGUGAAGCCUCCUGGUCCUCAGGCUGGUACUGCCUCCUCCAGCAGCUGCUGUGAUGUGCAGCCUUGUAAUAGAUGGAGCUUUGAUACAUUUCAUUAUUUCAAAUACUGGGGAAUUCUGUUUGCCUUUUUUCUUUGUACUGUAUUUUGGUUUUUGGUUUGUUUUUUUGGUUUGUUUUUUUUUUUUAGAAUAUGAUGCCCCAGGAACCCACAUUAAACUUUUCUGGAGUGGAUUUGUGUAUUCUAAUUUAGAUGACUGAUUUAUGUGAUGUGUUAGUGGUGCUGUUCUUCCCACCACACAUUUAAUGUAGCAGAGAUGGCUGUGUCCUCUGUGUCCUGAUACCAUGCUGUCCUCAUCUCCUGAGAGGGCUGGGUGCUCUACUUGUGGUCAGCAGAGACCUGUUGGUGGUCUGAGACCUUUUCCCAGAGUCUGAACUGCAGAGAAGCUGCUUUGAAGCCCCCUAUGAAGGUUCCAGAAUUGACCUGGGAAGUCUGAGCCAGUCUGUAGCUUGAGAAGGGUUUGCACCCUUGGAUGACAGACAGUGAGUGGGCUGGUGGUGCUCACUGCCUGCUGGACAGGCAGCCAGGCUCCUGCAGUGAUGGGAGCAGCCCAGCAGUGCUCAUUAGAGGCUCCAAGGUUGGGGAAUGGGCUGUAGUGUUUUCAUCUGGGUGGAAGACAUGGUGUAUUGGUGUCACCCUUUGUGUGGUAUCAGCAGAACAGGUCCAGAAUUUGAUUCAAGCUUUGCAUAGCCCAAAAAGGUUUUAGUCUGUCCAGAGUACAUCUUUUAAGAUGAAUGGAUUGGACCAGAUUUCUCAAAUAGUGCUAGCUUUUAGUAAAUACCCUUUGGGCUCUCAGUGCCUACUGUGAGCAGACCCUUGAUUUUAGGAAACAGUUUAGAAGUGAAAUGUACCUUCAUCCCCUUUAUGUUGCAGGUGAUUGAACCUGAUAAUUCAGUGAGCUGAGGCCAUUUCAAGGGAGGAGUGUUUUAGGACACAGCUGAGUUGUUGAGGGACAGCUGCACUUUGAUCCUAAGAGCUUUGCAAGGCUGAAUUUUAAAGAUCCCAGAAGAUGGUGUCUGCUUGCAUCCUGGUGCCAAGGCACCCACAUCACUGAUGUCACUGGAGUAGUUGUCUCACAAGCAGAAGAUUGGCCCUGCCAGCCUGGCAUGGCUGCUGCUCCCCAGGUCAGUGAGAUGGGAAGGUCACAGGAGUGUGGGAGGUCUCCACAUUCACUGGGGCUUUGUGUCCAAUUCCCAAAAGCUUCCAGCAGUGCUGCUCUGAGCUCUGCAGGUCCUGGGAGCUGGAAACUUGGCCUUGGAGCGCAUAAAAGCAUUAGGGUGGCUGUACCAUGAGCUCACCUUUCCAUUUACCUUCUCUCCCUGUGCAAUCUGACCCAGCCUGUGUGUUUUCACUUUAUAUCACAGCACUGUGAAGCCAGUCAUUGACAACACCCUCUUUUUGGAGGAGGAGAGGAUUCUUGUUGGGUGUGUCCUGGAGCAAAAGCUUGAGAAUAGUAUCCUGGGGAAAUAAUGGAUAGAUCAAACUCUGAUUCCCACUCUGGGUGGGAGCUCUGAGGUUCACCUUGUCUGGAGGAUGUCCCAGCCAGUUUGGUCGGUGCUGCACAGAGCUGCUGGCCCAGCCCCAGCCUGGCUCUGUGACUCCCUGUGCUGCCUCUGUGCCUGCAGGUAACCCCACCAGGAAACCACCCCGUGCCUCCUUACCCUUACAGGCUGUUCUGCUUCCUCGCCUUGCCAUCUCCUGGCAGGUACAGUGCUGACAAAGCACUAGGGACAGGUCACAGCCUGCCUUGCUGACAGUUACAAAAUGGAUCCAGGACCAAACCCAUCCCACAAAACAUCAGGAUUAAAUAUCGAAAUCCUUGGUGUUGCCUGUGUGAUUAAAAGUGCUGAGGAAAAGGGCUUUGUCACAGGGAGGAUCAGCUGAAGCUGGGAAUUGUCCCAGGGAGCAUCUGUGUUCUCCUGCCUUUGACUGCUCCCAUCAGGCACUUGCAGCCCUAUUGCUAGACCAGAAGACUGGGGAUGGAAGGGGAGUCCAGUGAGCUGGGAGAACGAGGAGAGGAGAGGAGCAGAUACUGGAGCAGAUUUUUUUUUUGGAGAUUGCUCAUGGAAGCAGUUCUCCAGUUAGGGCAGAGGGUGGGGAGAGCAUCCUGGGACCCUGUGUUGAUCCCUGUGCUUGCUGCAGCACUGCUCAGCCAAGCCAGGGGCUGGGAAGAGCUCACUGUUCCCUACUUGUCAGCCAGCAGCCUGUCCUUUUUGGAUUUGUGCUUUGUGCUGGGGCUGCACUGUCUGUCCUACUGAUGGGCCUGGGCUAAAGCAGCCAGAUUGUAACUGAAGAGUGCCCUUGUGGCUAAAUUGGAAGGACCAAUGUGCCCCAGAGUGCCCCAGAGACCAGACACCCCCUCCCUCUCAUCCCUCAGAGGCCAUUUGUGAGCCUGUAAUGUGCUGACCCAUAGUAAAGGGGAGUUCCCAUAAUGAGGGAAUUUCCACCAUGACCUGCAGCCAUUAAGGGGAGGAUCCUGUGCUUGUCAGUACUGGAAGCACUCACUCUUCUGCCUCGGGAGCUGUUGAUAGCAGCACCUGGGGAGCUCAGUAAUCCUCCAGGAAGUGAGUGAUACAUCCUGGCCUUUGAUUUAGCCUGCUCAAACUGGCCUAGUUCUUAAAUUUAACGGGCUUUAGCAAAAAUUGUAUUAGUAUUUUAAUUAACACAGUACAAUAAAUUAUUUAUUAUGGCAAGUAAUUCCACAGAAGGGUACAGAAUGAGAAAAAAAUUUCCAAAAAUCAUAGUAAGGUACAACAUGAUCUACUCAUGAUUCCACAAGCUUUCAUAGCAAAAUCUCAGGCUUUGUCCCAGCCAAAAGCAAACAUCUUUCACCUGAUUUCAGCAUAACAGGGUGUUACUGGUUCAAUGAUGGUCUGGAAGGUUAGGAAGUGAGUUGUAUUCACUGUUUAUUGCUUUUUUCUUCUCUCUCAAGUCUCAUAGUUUAAAAGUAGAAAGGUACCUGUAAACCACCUGUAGCCUGCAAAAUACAGCUGGCAGUGAGGCAUAAUCCCCCUGCACUUACCUGUGCUUCACAGGCUCACAACAAUUGUUGAAGUAGACUUUAUUUAAAGCAAAAUAAGUAGCAAGUAAGUAAGUAGCACAGGAGGGAGUAAUUUAACCACCCCAUUGGAUGAAAGUCAGGGUAGGGCAAGAAGAGUCAUGGGACUGUUUAAAUCUGUCAGAAAUGUGAUGACAUAAUGAGCAAUAACUACUCUGUGUUCCAUCACUGGGCCCCUCCUACACUCACUUAGCAAUAUUUCUACAUUUCUCAUGCAACCUGCCUGUGUGACAAAUCCACACACCCAUUGCACCCAAUUAGUGUCAAGCAUAAGAGCUGCUCUGCCUGUGUCUCACCUCUCUAAAACUCCUCCUGGAAGCAGUUUUCCCAGCAUACAAAGAAUAAAUCACCAUUCUCCUUAAUCUCUCAGAGGACAGUUCCCAAAUAAGGGCCAGGUAAACACAUGUAAUACAUGAUAAAGCAUUAUAAUCUUCCCAGCAGUAGAUGCAGGGUAUUUGCUGCUUUAAGUGUUCAGUGUUACAUGUAAUUAAAAAUGUCAGGGGAGGUGAGACAAGGCACUUGAAUAGGCACUUGUAGAAAAGUAGUGGAAUACCUGACUUAAAAACCACAAACCUCAAUCCUUUCCCCCUCUAAAAAAUACAAAAACCCCACAGCAAACAGCCAAACAAACUGUUAAAAAUAAAUGCACACCUACUUUAGUAGGUAUAACUUACUUCACCUGUGUCCCAGUCACUCCAGAAGCAUCAGGAGAUGAAGAAGUGAGGAGAGCAGAGGGAGGAAGUACAAUCCUUCCUGGGCUACCAACUGCACCAGGGUCAAACCAUUAGCUGAAUAUGACAAAUUACUUUCAUGGCCACACCUUGUGGAAUCAACAGCCACUGUGCUAUUGGAGUGUCCCAAGGAGUCUCCUUUGACACUGGCUGUCACUCCUCACAUACAUUUUCAGGUGAACAAACAUCUGCCACCUUGUGCUGUGGUGCACUGCAGGAAUUUAUCCCCUCCUUUCCUACUCCUGUUUCCUUGUGGUGGAGGCUGGCUGGCUCAGAAAGCAUCACCUGCCAGUGAGGGAGCAGCUGUCCUGAGCAGCAAACAGCCCUGGGUGGCUGCAGAUACUGUUGUGCUGUAAGAUGUGUGUCAGAGGGGCUGAGAAGGGCUGGAGGGGAGCACCAGUGUCCUUACAGUGGGUCUUGGAUGAGCAGAGCCACAGGGUCUGUGUUGUCAGCACCCUCUGUGGCUGCUGGGGACAGGUGGGGUGGAGGGCACGUUUCCCUUUGCUACCACUGGCCCAGCUGCACAGGCAGUCCCCCUGUGCCAUCCUGGGAUGCCCUGAGCAGGAGGGGAGCGUGCCUGGCCUUCCACACCCUCAUCAUGGUGUCCCUGCUUAGCUUUAGCAGAGCCCAGGCCACUCCCCACAGAGCAGAUUCUACAUCCCCAGUGCCCUCCUCAUGUCCCAGGGAGGCCAAACAAGCGGGGCUGGGGUCUCCUGAUGUCCCAGGAAGGCCAAACAAGCGGGGCUGGGUCUCCAGCCUGAGCAGGGGCUGUGUUGGAGCAGCCACAGGCAGGAGUGAGGGGUCCUGGCUGCUCAGGGCUGCUGAGGGCCAUCACUACCUGAGGCUGGCUGGGAGCUGCACAGCUCCUCUCUCUGUGCCAGUGGGACUGGCCCAUGGGCACAUCCCCGGGGCUCAGGGACAUGGGGACACGCCUGCAGUGUGACCUCAGCAGCCACAGGACAACGGAGCCGCCGCCGCUCAGCUGUGACUCAGGGGAGACCACGUGAGGCCCCGGCCCCGACGCUUCCCUGGGCUGGGAUCCCUGAGCCAGGAUCCUGAACCACCACCCGGCCCUGCAGCUGCAUUUGACAACAGGAAGGCAAGCAGAAGGGUAGCAGAGUUAUUAGCACAGCCCGAGGAGCCUGGAGCAGGAAGGUUUCAAACGGAACUGGUGUGGAUCAGCUUUUGUUGUCUCACAGGAAGAAACUCAGCUUUCACCACGGCCACGGCCCUCCAGGACGUCUUCCUGUGGAACCAACAGCUAGGACCAACCUGAGACUUGCAGGCACAGCAAUGGAGAAUUUGGAUGUCCCAGUCCCAGAUCUUACUGAAGAACAGCAAGACAUUUUUCAGAGAGCUUUUGCUGCUGAUGCCAAUUACUUGGAGAAUCAUGAGAAAAUGAACCAGUCCUUCUGGGAAUCACUUGUGAAAUUCUUGGCCACUACUGACCCACCUAUCCUCAAUACUGAAGAAAAGAACAGUCUCCUUAACAGCUGUGAUGACCUCCCUGGAGGCUGUGCUGCCUGCCUGAAAGCCAUAGAGAAGAAAGGAGCCAGGGCAAUGGUUCUUCUUUACCUUUUGCUGAAGACUUCCAACCCCUCUGGGUACACGCAGCUGCUCAGCUCCAAGGGAAAGGAUGAAAAAUUGAAACUCCUGAAGAGUUUGGAAAGGAAUUUUCUAUAUUCAGAAGAGGACAAAAAGUCUGAAAACUCAGCCCAGGAGUCCAUGGAUGAAGAUACACAAGACAGUGAUGAGGAAUAUUUAAGAAUAAGAAUACAGAAGAUUGAAGACCAGUUACUUGGAGGAAUACCAGAAGAGGUGGUUCCCUACAGAGAUUCAGAGAUUGCCAGAAGAGAAGAUUCAGAUGUAGAUGCUUAUGAGGAGAGCACUCACCCCCCUCAGUGCACAGUACGGUGGAUGGGCAUACGGAAGGAUGAUGAAUUCUUUCAUUUUGUUAUUCUUUGCUUUGCAAUUGGAGCUUUACUAGUUUGCUACUACUACCACAAAGAUUGGACUAUUUCUUUUGGGAUUGGUUUAAUCACCUUUGCUUCCCUGGAAACCACUGGGAUAUACUUUGGUCUAGUGUACCGAAUUCGGAGUGUCCUUGACAGUUUUGUUCCUCUGAUUGACAAAUUCAAGCCAAGAGGCAUGAGGAAAGCUGCCUAGGAGGAGUAUUUCAGGAGAGUUCCCCAAACCUGGCUGUCCAGAUUUCCAGUACUAAAGGAACUGCUUUAUGAGGUGAACCUAGCAACCAAAUGGCCAAUGUGAAAUACUGAAAUGUGAAACCUCUGAAAAACAUCACUCCUUUCCCUCCAAAAUAAACCUGAAACUGAAGUACA